AUGACCUCAGUGGUAUAUGUAAAUUAUAAAGGAUAUUGUAUGCCAGAUGAGCCAAUAGAACCAAACAAAGAUGUCGUUGUAACAAACGGUUUACAAGAAUUACCUUGGGAUCUAUACUUACCAGAAGAUGCCGAUGAUGAAGAUAGAGAAAACAAUGAGAAAUCGAAAUCACCUACUCCUACUUCACCACCCAAGAAACUCAGUAAACUGGAAAAAAGAGAAGCUCGACAAUUGAAAAAAGCGAAUGCAUCUAGAAGAAAGAAGUUACAGAGAGAACAAGAAUUAGCGUCCAAUGGAGUUGGUUCCAAAAUACCCGAGUUUAAACCAUUCAUGGCCAAGCGGGAAUUAAAAUCAUUAUUUAAUAGAAUAGUUGAAGAGAAGUGUGAAUCCGGAAAAACUGAUUCCAAAAUCUUACAAUAUCAUUCAAUUGCAUUAUAUAAAUCAGACUUAGAGUAUAUAUUACCAGGUGAAUGGCUUAACGAUAAUAAUAUUUCAUUAAUUUAUGAAUUAAUCAUACAGAUGUUUAUCAAAUCUGGGAGAAAAUUUUCCAACCAGAUUCAAAUUCUAUUUCCUUCAGUUAUCCAAUUAUUAAUGCAUUUUCCUGGUGAUGUCGAAGGUUUGUUACCAGUUGACGAUUUGAAGAAACUGAAACUUAUAUUUCUUCCACUUAAUUUCCUUGAUGAACUAGACGUGGAUUUAGAAGAUGAUAAUAACGGAGACCAUUGGGCACUUGGGGUAUUAUCAUUACUAGAUAACACUUUGUAUGUUUAUGACUCGAUGCAAAUUGACGACGAUGAAUCAACGGAUGCUCAAUUGAAGAACCUAGCACAGAAACUUCAAGAUUGCCAUUCGUUUGUAAAUGGAAAGAUUAAAAUACAAAUGCUAAAUUGUGAUCAGCAACAGAAUUUUGAUGAUUGCGGUAUUUAUGUGAUUAUGAUUAGUUGUUAUUUGAUUAACCAGUUGUUAUUUCAUGAUGAGAUAAGUUUGGAUAUAAAAAAUGUCAAAUUUAAUCCUUUAGACGCAAGAUUGUAUAUUAUGAAAUUAGUAUCUAGACUAAUUAGAGAAUAG